AAUGAGACCAUUAAGGUGAAUCUACCCCAUGAGACCGGUAUGAGGAUAGGAACCCCAAUUUGCAAGCCUUGAAGUUUAAUUUGCAUAAAAAAGGAGAACUAAACCUUGGAGUCUCUGGCCGUUGAACAUCAGCGACACAGGAGUGGAGAUAGACGUAGAAACGAUAGAGAGAGAAGUAGCGAGAGCAGUGAGCGAAGAUGUUCUUGAGAAGGAUAGCGAGGCCAUUAAUGGCGAAAGUGAAGGAAACAACCGGGAUCGUUGGGUUGGAGGUGGUUCCAAAUGCACGGGAAGUUUUGAUUUCUCUCUACACCAAAACCUUGAAAGAGAUCCAAUCUGUUCCCGAAGAUGAAGGCUAUCGUAAGGCUGUUGAAAGUUUCACUCGCCAUCGUCUCAAGGUUUGCCAAGAGGAAUUUGAUUGGCAGACGAUCGAGAAGCGUCUUGGUUGUGGUCAAGUUGAAGAACUCAUUGAAGAAGCUCAAGAUGAACUUAAGCUUAUUGCUCAUUUGAAUGAGUGGGAUGCAUGGGGCGUCCCUGAUGACUAUGAGUGUGAGGUUAUUGAGAAUGAUGCUCCAGUUCCAAAACAUGUUCCAUUACACCGGCCAGGACCGCUUCCUGAGGAAUUCUACAAAACGAUGGAGGCAAUUACUUCAAAAUCUGUCAAUGAGUCAGCUAUUACAGAUGGUGAUUCCAAGUCGAAGCAGUAGGACGCUGGUCCGUUGCUUUCCAAAAUUGGUGCAUUUUUAGCUGUUUAAAGGCCAUAUCUUGGCUUUUGAUCCCAUAAGUGUAGUGAAUGAAAGUUUAUUACUAAUCUGACGUGCAAUUUGUUUAUGGAAUAAGAGGUCCAUGUGCUCGUUUUUUUGUAUCCAAAAACCAUUUCUUGUUUGAUACAAUUUGGGAUGCUCGAAUGAAUGCGACUGAGCGGUCUACUAUAUUGUUAUUUA